GAAAUGCAAGCAGAACUGGACUGAAAAUGACAUUUACGUUUCUUUAAAUCUCCGUGAGCUAAUGUUCAAGUUUAUGCAGAAGGUGAUUCAUGAUUACUAGCUAGCUAUGGCACUGAGCACCUUCUGACGCAAACCACGCUCAAACCUUUGGAUGCUUUCCUCGUUUCACCUUCCUUUCUCACAUUGGUUUCCCUUUGGUUUUCCUCUACUCUUCAUUCUGCAAAACCCAUUUGUAGUUUUUGAGUCUGCUUGUUUCCCUAGAAAGUAGAAGAAUUUUUGUUUUCCUUUCAUGGAAUCUGGAAAAAUAAACGAAGCAAAUGAUGUGGCGCUGCACAUGUCAAAAAUAGAAGAAGAAGAAGCGGUAAGGAAGGAAAGGGAAAAUGCUGAAGCUCUUUCUUCAAUGGCAGAAUCAUCCUCUCCUUCCUUUUCAGUGAACAUCCUAGUGGGUUCUUCUCAAAGGAAUCUGGAGUUAGCACAACCUGAGAAUCUCAGAUACAGAGGCGGCCAAGUCCCCACUUUGCCAAUUUCUUCUACUUCUAAAGAGAUUCGGGAUUCAAGCUCGAGAACUGGAAGCAAUAAAGUCAGCACUCCUAGAGGGACUUCGAAAAAAGCAGGGGAUGAUGAUGCAGAUGAUGAUGCAGAUGAUGAAAAUACUAAUGUUGAAACAAGGGUCUUGCUUCUUGUCUUCUUGGAGCAUUUUCUAUGGCUGUUGAAAACUCUAUUUGUUAAGACAGUAGCUGCUCAUUAUCAGUGUAAAAGAUUCUUCGAUAGGAUUAAAGAAGCAAUCUUUCAUCAACAUGUUGUUGAGGUUCUCUCUGGGUCUCCAUCUAGAGAUAAUAGUGGUACAAGUACAAGCAUUUCCCAAAUGUUUUCUGAGUUAAGGAGGAAAAAGAAAGGUAAAAGAGAGGAGCUGAUUAAGUGGCUAAGGAAAAUGAAGCAGGAGAAAACCUCAGCUUGGACCAUGAAAGAGUUUGUUGAUGUCAUAAGUACCUCCAAGUUGUCUAUUGUUGCAGAUGAUGAUGAUGAGCAGAAAGAUAAGAAAAUCCCAAGUGAGGAUGAAGCAAGGAAAGCUGCUAACAGGAUUUUCAACAAAGUGUCCAGAAAUUACACAACUGAUAUUGAGUGUCACAUGUCUGAGAAAUUUAUCAAAAAAGAGGAUCUCCAGCCCUACUUUGAUGAGAAGGAAGUCGAAGAUGUUUUCCUACUAAUUAAAGGAGAAGCAGAAGGUGAAGAGAUCAAGAAAAAGGAUUUAAAGGAAUGGCUGCUGAAUGUUUACAACGAAUGCAAAGCAUUGGCAUGUUCCCUGAAAGACUCGAAUACAGCAAUUGAAGAGCUCAAUAGGCUUUCCUCUGGGGUUAUCCUUAUUGUGAUCAUCAUUGCUUGGUUACUUAUAAUGGGAGUUCUGACAACCACAGUACUUCUCUUCAUUUCAUCUCAGCUUUUGCUUGUGGUAUUCAUGUUUGGCAACACUCUCAAGACUGUAUUUGAAGCAACCAUAUUUGUAUUUGUGGUCCACCCUUUUGAUGUUAAUGAUCGUUGUGUCAUUGAUGGAGUACAGAUGGUAGUUGAAGAGAUGAAUCUUCUAACAACUGUCGUUUUGAAAUAUGACAAUGAGAAAAUAUACUAUCCAAAUGCUGUUUUGGCUACCAAACCAAUUGGCAACUUUUACAAGAGUCCUGAUAUGAGUGAUUCUAUAGAGCUUGCUGUUGAUAUUUCCACAACAGUAGACCAAAUUAAAGCUCUUAAAGAAAAAAUUGAAAAUUAUGAGAACUCCGAAUUUUGGCAACCUCAACAUAGCGUGGUGGUUAAAGACUUUGAUGAUGUGAACAAGAUGAAAAUGGCUUUCUGUUUCACUCACAAAAUGAACUUUCAAAACUAUGUGAAGAGAAAUGCCCGACGGUCUGAUCUAAUCUUAGAGUUGAAGACAAUUUUGGAAGAUCUGCACAUUAAAUACCAUAUGCUGCCUCUACAAGCACAGCUCAUCGGGCUGGGAUUUCCACCCCUCCCUCGCUGAGCUGCUGCCUUGAUAAGUUUGCCUGGGACCAUGCGGAUUGGGAGGCCAAUAUAGCAACAUGCAAACUGAAAUGCUUGCUAAGGUCUUUUCCUGAUGGGGAUAUGUUUGCCUAGAUCAGAAAGUGCUUAAUUCCAUCUUUGUUUUGUUUAACAUAAUAUUUGCCCUUAUGUGGACAAGUUGUCUCAUCUAAUGGAUAAAGUGCUAAAAUUUUA